GGAGGCCUCGACGAAACUAAACGCACUGUGAUCGAAAGCAUCGAAUCAAACCUGCACGGAACCGGAUUAAAGAGAUCGGGGAUGAUUUUUUUUGGUCCUCCUGGUUGUGGUAAAACCCUCAUCGCUAAAGCCGUAGCAACAGAAUUCAAAAUUGCUUUUUUGAAUGUGAAAGGACCUGAACUGCUGAACAAAUACGUCGGCCAAAGCGAGGAGAAUUUGAGAAAAGUCUUUGAGAGGGCUCGGCAAGCAUCACCUUGUGUUAUAUUUUUCGAUGAGCUAGAUUCUCUGGCACCAAGCCGAGGGCGAAGUGGUGAUUCUGGAGGUGUUACAGACAGGUAG